AUGGUUAGUCAAGCUGAUGAUGUUGAUGGAAUCAUAUCUUCUAAAUCCGGACUGCAGUAUGUUGGACCUGACUUGGAUGCAAUGAAAGCUGUUGCAGAUGCUCAUUCCAAAAGAUCCCUGAAAUUAUUUGAAACUGUUUACGAGACUUCAAGGCGCAGUUGGAGGAAGAUCCAAUUGUUCAUAGGCACUUGUCAUCGUUCCUUGUUUGAGGUUCUGGAUGAAAUUCACCAGCAAUCAGUGGUUUUAUCUUCCCACCUUUCUGUAUCUUCUAUCGGAUCUGUUCCCGCGCCUGUUGAAGUUGCCGAAUCCUUACCUGUUAAAAUAUACACAAAGUCACACAAACAUCAAGAAGGACUCAGCAGGCAAUUUAGAACUAGUGGUGGUUACCCUAAAAACGUUGACUCCCUUAUUUGUCUCAAUAAGGGUACUUUGUUGAAUUCGUUGUGGAAAUUAAAUGUAGUGGACAUAGAAGUAACCCUUGCAUACAUGUGUCAAAUGGUGCUAAAGGAAAAUGAUGUCCAGGAGGGAACUCCUAGUCCGUCCACAGUUCAGCCCUGCAUAGAAAGAUUAAAAAGCAAAAAAUCAAUAACAGUUAACAGUUCAGUUCUAAGAAUUUGUAACAAAACAUAA